AUGUGUCAUUGUCGCCGAAAGUCCAAUGUCGAUCUUUCUAUCGCUUGGAGCGACCAUCUAGUUCUCACUUUGUGCUGCCUUUUUGCAUCUCGCUACUGUCACUUAACCUCCACACGUUCUAUAACCAAGUCUACCCUCCAGCGCCAAUCGGAAGUCGAACUUUUAAUCCCGCAGAUCGUUACGCAGCAGGACGAAUGCGACAUCCUUACCAUCACACAACAGCACCGCGGCUUCACCAUCACCAUGACACCUCAGCUGCAUGGCCACACGUACUCAUCGACCAUAGAUAGGCCAGAUACAUUAUCUUCCAACCAUCAGAUCGGCACGUCUCCUUCAUUGAGUCCAGUUUAA